ACAUACAAAACAAAGACAAUUUCGCACAACACUCAAACAUGUCAUCGAUUUCGGAUUGCAGAGGCAAGACAACAUGGCCGGAGUUGCUGGGAGCUGCAGGGAGGGAGGCGGCGGACACAAUUGAGAGGGAAAACCCAAAUGUGAAUGCGGUGAUAGUGCUGGAUUCGCCGGAGACUGUUGUGACGGGUGAUUUCCGCUGCGAUAGGGUUCGUGUUUGGGUUGACACCAACGGAAUCGUCACCCGAGUUCCCAUUAUUACUUAAGCAUCGAUAGCAUACGUUAAAUAAAUAAGAAAGAGAUGAUAAUCUCUUAACAUGUAUUCUUAUAAGUAAAUAAUGUGAUUUGUCGAUGUUUCGUACUAAUAUAAAAGAGAGACUGUAAUCUCUUUACUUGGCUUAUUAGUUAUUA